AUGUCGCCGAAUAUCAAUGGCCGACACGUAACCAGAAAGAGCGCGGCUAGCGAUUUCCUCAAUUCCUGCAUCGACACGAUCCAAUACGACAACGCCGCCACAAAAAAUAGGCAGGAAGGCACAAGCAACAAUGCCAUCACCGACCUGACCUCUACUCUUGCUGCCUGCCGCUCCUCGAUCGCCGGUUACUCUUUUCGACACUGCAUCAUUGAUGUAAGGUCGAGUCAGCUUACAAUGUCAAUCUCGGAAAACCAAAUGAUUUGCUAUGGAACAUGCAAAAUCUCGUCUCCCAACCGCCAACCCUUCACGUAUCCUCACGACUCCCUCAACACACCGUAA